AUGUUUGGUCUAACUUUGGGUUUCACUGGUCAGACUAUUGAUACCAUGAAGAAUCAUGUUACCACUGCCGAUGGUGUCCUUAUCCAGGUUGGUCCCGAUGACCAUUUGUAUGUGUUUGAUACAUCUACAGAUGGUUCGUUGUUUGGGUCUCUGGUUAACUUGGGCGCUAUGGGUGGUGCUAUCCUAUUGGGGGGUCCCUUCAGUGAGAAGUUCGGCAGGAAACGGACUUUGUUGUUGUGCUCUCCUUGCUUCGUUUUGAUCUACGCGUGGCAGGCAUUGGCCCACACUUCAUGGCAGUUGCUGUUCGCUCGUGUUCUGGUCGGUUUCGUUGUUGGUGUUGAGUCCGUCGUGGCUCCAACCUACAUCGGUGAGGUUUCUCCCACGGCUAUUCGUGGGACUUUGGGAGCGUGCAACCAGCUUUCCAUCACAAUCGGUGUCCUUCUCGCCUAUGCUCUUGGGAUGGCUUUCAGAACUGAUGCCGGCUCUAUUGAUCCCAAUGCUACCGACGGCACCUUCUGUCAGUGGCGUACU